AUGAAGGAGAAGUAUGAAAAGAACAACGCAGGAAGUGAGAGCAAAUUUAGCCUUUUGGAAACCCUUCAGCAAAAAAUUGAGGAACUUCAGAAAGAAAAAGAUCAGUUGUUGGAAAAGUCCUUUGAGCAUGUUGUCCAACUGGAUCAAAUCGCCCUGAAGGAUGAUUUAAUGUCCACUUCUGUCCACUUGGACUUCCUAAUUGAGAAGAUGAAGGAGAAAGAAGACAAAGAGAAGGAGAGGAAACUGGAAGAGAUGAAAAGUCGAUUGGAUGACCGAACCAGACGAAAUACCUCAUCCAAAUAUGGGAACAUCAUUUCCACAAGUGAUUUAAUCAAAUCAGGAUUUCCUGCUGUCUACCAGCUGAUACCAAGGAAAGAGAAGAUUGAAACUCUGACAAGAAUGACUCUUGGUGAAAAAGAUCCAAACAAAAUAAACAAAACCAUCUUACUUGUUGGUGAAACAGGAACAGGAAAAUCUACUCUCAUCAACGCUCUGGUCAACUACGCCAUGGGAGUGAAGUGGGAGGAUGAUGUCUGGUUUAAGAUCGUAGAGGACGAGAAGAGAAGUCAAACAGAAAGUCAGACAUCAGAUGUGAUCGUGUACCAGAUCUUUGGUUAUGAAGAUAAACCUCUGCCAUACUCUCUGACCAUCAUCGAUACCCCUGGAUACGGAGACACCACAGGGAUCGAACAUGACGUGGACAUCAUGGAAAGAUUAUUUAACUUGUUCCGCUCAGAGGAUGGAGUUCAUGAGAUUAAUGCAGUGGGUCUGGUGUUGAAAGCAGGUGUGAAUCGACUGAGUGACCGACUGAGGUACAUCUUUGAUUCAGUGGUGUCUCUGUUUGGAAAAGACAUGGAGAAAAACAUUGUUGCCCUCAUCACGCACUCAAAUGGAAGAACACCUGAAAAUGCUCUAAAAGCUCUUGAGGCUGCGAAGAUUAAAUUUGCCAGAGAUGAGAUGAAUCAACCUGUUCACUUCCUGUUUGAUAACUGCCAGAAUGAAGACAGGACAAAGGAGGCAGAAGUCCUCAAACAUGCAGAUAAAACAUCAAUGAAAGGAAUGAGUCAGUUCACAGACUUUCUGGUAAAAACUGCACCUCAGAGGUUGGAGAAAACCAUAAAGGUCCUGAACGGGCGAAUCAGACUGACAGCCUGCAUCAACAACCUGAAAGAGAGAAUUGAGUUGAUUUCUCUAAAGCAAACAGAGAUGCAACAGAUUCAGGAUGGUCUGAAGAAGUAUGAACGAGAGAUGAAGAACAAUGAGGAGUUCACUAUAGAAGUUGAUGAGGUCUACAAAGAGAAAGAACAUAUCAAGGGUGGGAGGAGGAAGUUGGUGUUCUAUAAAGGAGCUGUCUGCUGUACUGUCUGUAAGGAGAACUGUCACCAUCCUGGAUGCACAGUGGUCUGGAAACCAGGACACUGUGAGGUCAUGAAAGAUGGCCGCUGCACUUCAUGUACCGGGAAGUGUCCUGCAUCAGAUCAUGUGAAAGAAAACUGGAAGUAUGUGACCAAGACAAGGAGAGUUAAAAAAACUCUAGAAGAUGUGAAAGCGAAGUAUGAAAAGAAUAAAGAAGAGAAUAAGAAGCAAGAGAGCUUUUUGGAAAGUCUUCAGAAAGAGAAGGAAACCCUUGAAGCAGAUAAAACAGCUUUGCUAGAUGAAGCCUACCAUCAUGUUGUCAAACUGGAGCAGAUCGCCCUGAAUGUGGUUUCACUGUCUACUUAUGUCCACCUGGACUUCCUGAUUGAAGAGAUGGAGAAGAAAAAUGACACAGAGAAGGAUCAGGUGGUGUUGGCGGUGCGUCAGCAGUACGUUGCCAUCGGCGACCAGGUGGUGACCCUGGGAGACGGAGACGAGGUUGCCGUGGUACCCCCUGUCAGCGGAGGCUAG